GCCAGCUCCUGGUCGCGGGCGGCUUCGACUUCUCUCAAGAAGAGUCCCUGGCGUCCUGCGAGGCCAUCGAUAUUGCCGACCUGCUGGCCGAACGUCCAGCGGUGCAGGCGUGCCCUUCCUUGCAGCACGCCAGGGCUUGCCCGGGUCUUGCUGCAGCAUCCGAGGCCGUGCUUGCCGUGGGUGGUGGAAGCAGCAUGUUCACUGCGGCAGAGGCUUUUCGCAGCGUCGAGGUGCUUCGCACGGCUGCGACGAAGUGGCAAUAUGGUCCGACUUUGCAGAGGCCCCGCUGUGCGGCCGGGGUUUGCGUUUCCUCUGCCGGGCACGUGUACGCGAUCAGCGGCUAUGCAGGCAAUGACUGCUACGAGGAGUCCGUGGAGUGGGCAGAUGGUAGCUCCGAGGGCCUGCUGCGCGGGUGGUUCGCCGGUCCUGCGCUUUCACAGGCGCGUGCAGGCUGCGCAGCCUGCUUCGGGCCAGAUGGCCGUGUCUGGGUCCUGGGGGGCGGCUGUGACGAGUCCGCAAGCCUUGACACCGUGGAAUGCCUUGAUCCUCGCGAAGGUCGCUGGUGUCAGGCUCCUUGCAUGCCUGGGCGGCGGCGAUGCUUUGCGGCAAGCUUUGGCAUCGAUCGCAAGUUGUACAUCUACGGCGGUUGGAACCGCGAGCGCUGGCACGAAGACAGCGCCGCCCGCCUGGACUUGCGAAGUCUCCGAUGGGAGACACUUCCGUCGCCGGUGUCAGAGGCGCCAGUGCAGGCGAACAGCGUCAUCCCCUAUCACUUCGUGAAUGGAGCCAUGAGCAGCAGCUCGUCCCCAUCCUUGGCGAGGCCAUUUGCGGAUUUGCCACAUGGGGCCAGCCCGCCCCUGUCUCGAAGAGGUGAAGGCCACCUUCUUGGAGGACCUCUUGGCUCCACGGGAUACCCUCCUCGGCAUGUGCUGACCUCCCCACGCAAGGGUCCAGGUGACGUUCGUCUUGGGGGACCUCUUGGUGCCACCAUGGGUGCCACCUUCUACACGCCCCGACAAGUGCUCGUUUCUCCGCGGCUCACCCCACGAAUGCCAGCAGGGGCCACAAGUGUGAUCGCCUAUGCGCCUGGCUUGCCCAGUGGCUUCAUCCCAGUGGCGCCGGCUCCAAAGGUGUCUCGGCCUGUGGAAGCUGCGGUGCGCAAGCAAACGCCGCGCUUCAUUCGUGUUUCGGCACGGUCACAGGAGCGGAUGCUGCCAAUCUCACGCGAAGUGACAGCUGCAGCCCCUGCGGCGGUGCCUGCGGCGGCGCCUGCGGCGGCGCCUGCGGCGGCGCCUGCGGCAGUUGAACUCGAGGCUUUCCCGAAGCAAGCCGAGGCUGCUUCUCACGUGGCAUCGCCCCGAUCACCCCAGCCUGUUGCGGCCCCUGAAGUGGCGUCGCCCACUGGCCUGGAAGCUUCACCUCGUGACCAGCUAUACCAUCCGCCUCUUGCUCAUGCAGCCUCAGACAUUCAAACGUCUCCCAUGGUGCGACAACGCACUCUGCCGGGCUACCUUGGACAAGCCGUACAGUCACAAAUGCCUCCGGAAAGGCAAAGCAGUAUCGCUGUCAUCACUACCAUCACUACCCCAAGUUAUGCUGUCGCUGUCCCACGGCCAUCUUCUGUAGGUCGAGGGUCGCUGGGCCGAGCACUUCGAGCUCCCGAGCUGACGUCAGACAGGCCUCCGGCUCGCGCAGUGGGAGAGGCCGUGCGCGCCGACAGCCGCCGGCGCUGGCGACGACCUGCACCUGCACAUGCACCCGGAACGCCUGGAGUUGCACCGCAU